AUGGGAGCCGACAACGGAUCCAUCCGCACCCAUGCACAAACCACGUACGCAGUGAAGGAGCUGGGCGGCCGCCUCCCAGACUGGCUCAGACUGGCAGCGCUGGGCUCGGGGACCUGUAGGUGCGCGAGACUUCGAAGGGCGCGGGAGGGGCCUAAGAGGCGAGAGGCUUCGAGGGGCGCGAGGCUGGAGGGGGGGCGGGCGCGAGGCAGUGAGGGGCGCAGGAGGGGCCUGACAGGCGCGCAGCAGCUAGGGGUGCAGGAGGGGCGCGAGGCAGCGAGGGGAGGAGGAGCACGGGAGGGGCACGAGAGGGGCCUGACAGGCGCGAAGCUCCGAGGGGUUAGGCAUGUAGGUGUGAAGCUCCGAGGGGCGCAGGAGGGGCGCGAGGCAGCGAGGGAAGGAGGGGCGCGAGAGGCGCGAAGUAGCGAGGGGAGCAGGAGGGGUGCGAGAGGGGCCCGAGAGGUGCGAGGUAGCGAGGGGCUCAGGAGGGGCGCGAAGUUCGUAGGGGCGUCAGGGCCUGGCGGGGGAAGCGCGCUGGGGGUGUGUUGGUUCUGGACGCCCUGGCCGUGCACAGAAGUCAGCUGUGCCUCGCUCGGGGGUCGCGGGGCCGGGACCGUGGCCCACUACAGCAGCUCUGGGCGCUGUAGCUCAGGCCGCCGGCUCGCGGAGCCAGGAAGGGAAGGGUUAAGCCCACCGAGCUCCCGCCGCGCCCCCCGCCCCCCGCCCCCGGCCCGGUCCCGCCGCCGCCUCCUCAGCCCCAGCCCCAGCCCCGGUGCCAGCCCUGGUCCCCGCCCCGGCUCCCACUCGCCACGUCGGGGACAGACGGGGACCGGUCGCCCGCAGCCCGGCACGGGGAAGCAGCCUGAGCCGGGGGGAGCCGGGGGGAGCCCGCAGCUCGAGCCCCAGCUGCCCGUCCCCCCUCCUCUCGCCGGAGAUGGGAGUGAGAAUGAGGAAGAAGAAGACGAGGAGGGGAAUGACAGCCCACAGCAGCUCUUGGCCACAGCUCCAUCCGGGGAUGGCGAGGAGGAAGAGGAGGAGGAACCUGAGCUACAGCAGCCGCGGCUGCUUCGUGGUGGGGGGGCUGGUCGUGGUCGAGGCCGGAAGCUGGCGCCCCCGACUCCCUUACCCCCUGCCCGUGGUCUUGAAAAGCUCAAGGAGCUGAUGGUUUUGCCCCCGAUGGCAACGUCAGUAGCAGCCCCUCCUAGUCCUGGCGGCGGGGAGCCCCAAAUAGCACCUCGCAAACGCCGCCGGCGGAGCCGGGACCGGCCCACAAUUUGUGGGGAAUGUGGGAAGGGCUUCAGCCGCAGCACCGACCUAGUCAGGCACCAGGUGACGCACACAGGUGAGCGGCCCCACCGCUGUGGGGAGUGUGGCAAGGGCUUCUCGCAGCACUCCAAUCUGGUCACACACCAGCGCAUCCACACGGGCGAGAAGCCCUACGGCUGUGCGUACUGCACCAAACGCUUCGGGGAGAGCUCUGCUCUGAUUCAGCACCAGCGCACGCACACAGGUGAGCGGCCCUACGCCUGUGCGGACUGCGGCAAGCGCUUCAGCGUCUCUUCCAACCUGCUUCGCCACCGGCGUACCCACUCAGGGGAGCGGCCCUAUACAUGCGCAGACUGCGGCGAGGGCUUCCGCCACAAAGCUCAGGCCCGGCGACACCAGCGCCAGCUCCACGGGGGAGGAGGUGGGAGCGGAUUGGGUUUAACAGGGCCUCCCCUGGGGCCUGGAGAGCCCGAGGCAGAGCUGGUGGAUGAAGAAGGGAUAGGGGACAUUGGAGAAGGGGGCGAAGAAACUGAAUGAACUUUGGGAGGCAGAUUUGGGGUGGGAAGGGUGGGAGAGGGCAGGCUGGCCUAGGUGGGGAAAGGGGUCCCAAUGGGAGGGUGUGGUAGGGAGCAGGGAGUAGUGACCAUUUUAGGCUGAGGAGUUAGGGAUCUGAAGCUUAAAAAGUAGUGGUCCUUGGGACCGGAGGUUGGAGUUGAGGCUUCUCUCAAUCGGGUUGCCAAUGUGAGGGGAGUUGGGAAGGUUAGGGGAUAAAGGUGGGGAAAUCAGGUAAACUGAUCGUUAGAGCAUAUUGGACUCCUUUGGUCUGGGAUUCUUUUUUUGGUCUAGGGAGUAGUAAAGCACUUGGAGAAGAUAUUAAGAACUUUGGGGACUAACCCUGCAGCGGUCGGGGUUGGUCUCCAAGAGGUAAGGUAUUGGGAGUGUCUAAAAUAGACUCCUUGGUUGGGCCGGGGACACAGGGGCAUGAAUACAAGAUGGGGGGGGGGGGCGGGAAGGGGAAUCUAAUCUAUUCUUAAAGGUUUUUCCCUAAUAGAGCAGUGGAGGGGUAGAGACAGGGAGUGUAAUUUAUUUUCUCUCUGUUGGUACAGAAUGUGGAACUCUGAGGUGAGCACCCUCAUUGCUAUCUUAGUGACUGCUUUAUUUUGGAGGGAGAGACUAAAUUCCCCCCCUUUCCUUGAAAGGUCAGGUAGAGGAACUACUUUGUUCCCCUGACAUAUUCUUCUUAGAGUCUACCUUUUAAAGCAAACGUUAUUAUGAAGAGUGGAAAGGGGGGAAAUGAAAGGUAGCUCUUGUGUUUGAACUAGAUAUCUUUGGCACCUUUCCUCCCUAGACUCCCCAGCAGUAGAUGGAAUUAAUUGAUUUAAUAAACAUUUAUUAAGCACCUGCAGUGGGUAGACCACUUCACUAAACUUGAAAAGAGAGAGAAAAUUUAGUUAAGAUAAAGGCCUGCCCUUAUGGAUCUUAGAGUUUUGUAAAUAAUUCUUAUGGCUGAAGAGAAGCCAAGCUUGUGGAAAGCCAAGUUUAUAUUUUCUCUGAAAUCAAAAUUCUACUGAUGGGACUGAUCCUGUAAAUCAAGAGCAAAGGGAACAGAAUGCCUCCCCACUCCCUGUUCCCCUUUAUCCCCAUAAGUUAACCAAGGGAAAAGGCCACCAGGUCCAAGGUUAGGUCCUGAGGUACAGGACCUUUGUGUCCUUUCAUGGACUGGGGGAUGAAGAUGAAUAAUUUAGUUUUCCUUUGGAGUGAAAGGGUCAGGCUCAUUGUUUGAUUGGGUCGUAGGAAGGGCUGAGUCCUUGGAAUGAGUGAGCAAGACUUGGGGACUGUGGAAAUGAUCUUUGACUAAAAAAAAAAAAGAUACAUUGGGAAUUCAGCAGCAGCAUUGAUACUUGUCUAAGUGUUAGAGCUUAGAGCUAGAGGCACUUUGGAUAGGAGAGGCCACUGUGGUGGGUUUUCCCCACCUCCUGCCCCCAAACGCCCUUCUGGUUCUCUUCAUUAGCUGAUUCAACCCCUAUUCCUUCCUUUUCCUCUGCUACUAAUCCUCUUUGCACACAACUUGUAAAAUUUAUACGAAAUGUUAGGAAGUGAGAAAAUUUUACAAAAAAGAAUAAAAGUUUGAGUAAAUAGAGUAUCUGUCCUUGUCUUGCUCUGUUUUUGGAUCAGUCAUCUCUGUCUUUAGGCCCUUAUCUCAGUAUUCUUUGACUCCUGUUUACAAUUCAAAGGACUUUGCCCAGUUAAGUCGGGCCAAGUAAUUGAGUCUAGGUGUCACUCCCCCCCCCCCCCCAAGAUUCUGAUGUUUCAGACUCAGCUGUAACUUAAGGCUUUUGACUAGGAGUACCUUCAUUUUUGAGUCACAUGGAAUGAGCCCAGGCAAAGGAAAAACACUAUCUGUUGCCUGGGGGAUGAGAUGGAAGAUCUUUAAAAACAAAAACAAAAAAUCCCUCAACCUAUCAUGAAUGCUAAGUCCUGUGCUGAAACCAUUUACAAAAUUGGGUCCUGUUGGCUUUUAUCUGACCCAGGUGCUGUAGACCUGAAAAGAAAAUAGAAUAAUCGGUAGGGCCUUGUAAAUGGUUGUAGUUAGAGGAUAAAGUAGAGGAAGAAGCAAAAAAAAAAAUGACCCCAAGCUUUGGGAUCUGGGUGGGUGAGAAGAGGUGGUAAGAGAAAUCAGGAGGGUUGCUGGACUUGGGAGACUUGAUGAGGUGGUGGCUGGACAUUGAAAUGAAAAUAUACAGCAAGUAGUUGUAAAUAUAAGAUCGAAGCUCAAAAGAUAGGUUGAUGCUGGAAAUACAGAUUUGGGGGUCAGUUACAUUAAUUCAACAAGUAUCUAUUGUGUGCCAAACACUAUGCUUGAUGCUGGGGAUGCAGAGACAAAAGGAAAGUCCCUACCUACAAAGAUCUCAUGUUCUAUUUGGGGUAGCUAUGUACACAAAUACAAAAUAUGUACAAAGUAAAUGCAGUAUUUUAUGGGGGAGACAGGAUUAGCAACUGGGGGUAUAUGGAUAGGCGUCAUGUAGGAGGUGGCACUUCAGCUGAACCAUAAAGGCAGGUUAGGGGUUCCAAAAAGUAUAAGUAAGGAGGGGGUUCAUUCUAGUCAUGGACAAUAACUGGGACAAAGAUGCGGAACUGGAAAAUGGAAUGUCAUGAAUGAACACUUCAGACUAAUUGGGUUAAAAUAUGGAGCUUUUGAAGAUGAAUAAAAUGCAGUAAGCCUGGAAAGGUAGGCUGGAGGCAGAUUGUGAAGAGCUUUAAAUGUCAGACAGAGGAGGAUAAAUUUGAACCUAAAGGAACUAGAGAGUCACUGGAGCUUCUUGGGCAGGGGUGUGAUGUCAGACUUAUGCUUUAGAAAUAUGAAUUUGGCAGCUGUGUGAAUGAUAGAUUAGAUGGGGGAGACACGAGUCAAGGGAGGUGGAUUAAGAAGCUUUUGAAAUAGUACAAGUGAGGGGUGUUAGGGGUCUGAACUUGGGUGGCAGCUGUUUCAGUAGAAAGAAGGGCAUACAUUUAAGAGAUGUGAAAGUAGAAUCAACAAGGCAACUACUGAGUGAGGAGUAGGGGAAGGAGAGGGAAGAGUCAAGAAUGACUCCAAGAUUACAAACCUGGUAACUGGAAGGAUGGUGGUACCUUCAAAAGAAAUAGGGGAAAGGGAGGGUUUUUUUAGGGGGGGAUAAUGAAUUAUAGUUUUGUACAUGCUGAGUUUGAAAAGCCUAUGAAAUGUCUAAUAGGCAUUUGGUGAUGUGGGACUAUAGCUUAAUAGAAAUAUUGGAGCUGGAUAUAUAGAUCUUGGCAUCAUCUGAAUAGAGAUAAUAAUGAGAAGUGAUGAGAUCAGCAAGUGAGAUAGUAUAGACUGAUUAAUAAGGGACCUAGGAUAAAACCAUAGGAGACACCCACACGUGGUGGGAUGAUAAUAGAACUCAUAAUAACUGAUGAGAUCAUUGAAGAAAGUGUAAAGAGAAGACCGCUCAGGAUAGAAUUUUAGAGAAUACACAUAGUUUAGGAGUGGGACAUGAUUGGUAUCCAACAAAGGACACUGAGAAGUUGUAACCAAACUAGAGAAGAACCAAGAAAUCAUGAAAUCUCAGGGAAGAAAGAGGAUAAAGUAGGAUAGUUUGUGGUGUCAGAUGUGCAGAGAGCAUUGUGGUGAUAGUUUAAAGAUACAUGAGCUCUUUGAAAGAGAAAAUCUGAGCAGAUAUCAGAGGUCAAAGGUACAGGCAGCAUCCAGUAUGCGCUUGCAAGGCAAUAUGAUGAGUUUGACUAUGAUUAUCUGUGUUCCAAAUAUCAGUUAUAUAUUGAUUAUUUUUAGAUCAGAAAAUUUAUGCCAAGGGAUUCAUGUUAUAACGGUGAUAAAAUUCCCAAUCCAGCUCAUGAGCCCAUUUGACUCACAAUAUUACUGAAGUAGUAUGUAACAGUGGUAGUUUCUUGCCCUGAGCCUGCUAGGACCCUGCUGAGCUCUGGGACCCAAAUCAUGCAUCUCUUUGAACCCUGAGCUCCCUCUGAGCAUAGAGCCAUUAGUCCUGACCCAGUUAAUUUCCAAAGGUAACUUAAGUCCUGAGCUUGAGUACUGAAAUUUUCCCAGCUUUGAGACUUCAGUGGCUGGACAGUUUCUAGGAAUGAAGAAUGGAUGUUCUGGGAUAUAGGUGAUCGGUUCUCAAGCCAUUGCAGACAUGAACUUAAGAGGCUCUGCAGUACUCUAUGCUUGCAAUUCACAUAGCCUCCCCUAGGUGGGGCUGGUGCCUUAUUAGGUAAGGUAGACCCAUCAGAUACAUUUUACAACAAUUACCACACAAAGCUAAGCAUGCCUUUAAAAAUAUAAAAAUAGAUGUUAUGAAAACUGAGUCACCCCAAGAGUCCCACGAGGAGGCAGCAUGGCAGUGGAUAGAUAUCUGCUUGGAAAGUCAGGAAAAUUUGGUUUUAAUCGUGAACUACCUCUGACUGUUGGUGGGCCCUUCCCCCAGCAACUAACUUAACCCUUCAGUGCCCCAGGUGCUCUCUUAUGACUAAAUUUUAGAGGGAUUGCUGAUUUACAUUUUUGAACGUUUCCUUACCAGUGGUUCUCUAUACCAAUGAAAUCUUGGGUCUGGGCCGAAAAAAAAAAGCGUCAAUAAGUAACAGAAAUGUGAUUUUGAACAAUGUUGAAAUAAUAAAAAAAAAACUCCACACAUUUGAAAUGCCUUAUGGAUAUUACUACUGCCUAUCUGCGAUUCAGUUUAU